AUGGGCCUUGUCAAGUUUCAGCAUAAAAACCAAUUCACCUUUCUCAGCCUUCCACAGGAGCCUGAAAUAGCUAACGUGCGCGUGGCGCAAGCGUACGAGAAAGACGCUAGCAAAGCAGCAGGGUUCAGAGAAGGAGGAUCUCUCUAUAAAUACCGAAAAGGUGCUGCUGCAAACUCGAGGCACCCCGACGAGCAUUCACAUAACAUAAUCAGGGGCUAUAGGAAAGGCGGUACUUUUGCCUACUAUGUCUCUGUCAGGGAUGACACUCAAUCUGCUUUCAUGAAAACUCCGGCGCGGGAUGCUUUACUCAAACUGGCCAGCAAUGCAAGCUUGACACUGGAUGCCUCUGCACCGCAGGCUCUUACGGACAGUCAGAAGCACGGCCUCGAGAAGAACCCAGAGCUUGCUAAACUCAAGCAAGCAAGCAAGCAAGCAAGCAAGGCUCUUCGGGAAGAGCUCAUUGCAGCCUUUCACCAACUGAAAAAGGCAAAUGGGUCCACGCGUUACAAUGAAUUAUUGAACAAAAUCAUCGUGGCAAGCCAGUCAAAUUUGAACCGGAAACCUCCUAUAUACAACCAGAAAGAAUGGUUCUUGCUAAACUUGAGUUCAAGAACAGAGAUAUAG